CACACCCCCAGUUCCCCACAUGUGCAUUCAAGUAAAUCGCUAUUGACACUGCUUAACCUUCUUUAAAAACUAAUAGUAGAUAUAAUAUUGAAACUUGCGGUUUAAUUCAGUUUAAUUUUUAAUUUAACCGCAAAAUUAAAAAUGGGACACACAGUAAUGUGCGUUUGUACAGUGUAUUUUACUGCUAUUGUCGGAUGCGCAUUUUCUUCCCCAAGACUGACAUCAGGAGAAAAUCAACAAGAUGAUUCUACGGAACAAAAUUCCCAAAAGGAAGUCGAACAUGCAGUAAACGCAACCGUGUAUGUCCAAGAUGUUGAUUCAGAAAACAAAAGCGGUAAAAAAUUCCAGGAAAAUAACAUAAAUGACACUGGAGGUGGACUACCUCCCGAAAAUGUAACUGUUCCAGAAAAGUUCCCUCCGAUUAAAGAUUCAGAAACAAAACACAUAAACGAUACGGAAAGUACAACGAUGAAACCCUUUGUGAAGUCAAAGCAAAUUCAGGAUUUAGUCAAAAGCAGACAUUUAGAAGAGAUAAAGGAACAACUUUUGGCAAAACUUCGAUUGUCGUUUCCACCUAAACUACGUGAACCAAUGCCACAACUCCCUAUGGAUGAGAUACAAAAGGUUUAUUUUGCCACCAGUAAUGAUGAAAGUUACAGAAGAACUUCACACUUUUAUGCAAAAACUGUUCGUAAAUUUAUUGUCGGAACAGAUGUAACACACAGGUGCUUCAAGAAGAGGUCUGCCGGAUGUUAUUACUUUGACCUUCGAGGACGAGUUGAUCCAUCAGAAGUACAGUCAGUUCAGCUGUGGAUAUAUAAACUGUUCAACCAUAACGAUCAUUAUAUGACGACAUACGUGGUUUCCGAACUAGAAGAAACCAAAAGACGGAAAAGUAAUUUGCGAAUAAAAAAUCUUGUUGAAAGGUAUGAAACAACUCAAAAGUAUGGAUGGCUGAAAAUUGAUGUCACAAAGACUGCAAUGAAAUGGUUGUUAAAACCAAGGUUGAAUCAUGGGAUGGCGGUAAUAUGCAAAGAUUGUCAACGUAAAAACUACAGAACUAUUUACAGUACAAAAGCAGAUUCCCUUCCAUUUUUAGUGGUGACAACACGUAAAUCACACGCACGAGCAAAAAGAAGUUUUAACAACGAAUGUACAGAUACAUCAACAGAAUGCUGCUUAAUGCCAUUUACAGUUAAUUUUAGAGACAUAGGGUGGGAUUCCAUUGCACACCCUCAGUCCAUACAGGCUAAUUAUUGUACAGGAAGCUGUCAUGCCCGUUAUUCCAUGACUACAAACCAUACCAGUUUGAUACAAGAGUACCGCUGGACAAAAGCAACAGAGAAGCAAAUGGAUGCUUUGACGCCAUGUUGUGCACCAAUUUCAUACAGACCACAGUCAAUAUUGUAUUUUGAUGGCGACAAAGUUCAAGAAACACGAAUACCAAAUAUAGCCGUAACAGCAUGUGGCUGUGUGUAAAUUAGCUCAGAACUUUUGUGUAAUUAAACGACGAAGCCAGUAAUCAGAUAUUCGAAAUGACUUUUUGAUAACCCUAGUUUUUUUCUUUCUAUACACAAUGGGUUUCACCAUAAAACAUUUAAAACUUUUCUCAGUACAGAUCACUUAACAGUAGUUAUCAUUUGGGGUUAUUGUAUUUAUAGACAAUAUCAAUUAAGGGUGUAUAAAGUAAAGGAUAUUUUACAGUACAAAAGUACUUCACAUUUAAAAGUAAUUUGCGUCAUUAAUCUCUGUAAAUAACCCAACAUAAAAGAAUCAUUAGCGAUUUUGCAACCAAAAUGAUAACCGAGUUGUUCCAGUAUUAACCGAAUAAUAACUUAGCCUUCACUUUAUUUACUCUAGUUCAUUAAGGUCAGUGUUAUAUUUGCACUUUUACUUAACCCUAUAUGACUAAGCAAAUUAAUCUAACACUUCAAAUAUUGUCACUAUUGUGUGGAAAAGUAAAGUAUACUAUUGCUACUUUAUAUAUAAAUGUUUAAUUUAUAUAACAGUAUCAAUACAAAUGAUCUUUAUAAAUAUCAAUUUAAAUAUGAACUUUUUCGAAAAACAUUUGGGACUGACGGACAAUUUAAAAAAAAAUUAGAACCCCAGGGAAUUAUUCCAAUAAAACCUUGGAUAGAUCAAAAUUUCAAUACAAAGGUUUGCAUAUAAUAGAAAUGAUUUUAAUAUCAAUACAUAUGAUCUAAAUUUCAAUGCACAUGAUUUGAAUAAUUCUGUAAAGUAUUCAAAUUUUAAUGCAAAUGAACGCAAGUUGUAUGUAAAAUACCUAAAUUUUAAAGAGAAUGAACAUUCUCAUUGAAGAUGCACUUUAUUUGUACAAUGCAAAUGAAUAUAUAAAAUCAAUAGACAUAUUACCACCUUGUAGAUGAAUGCAAUAGUGUUGUUUAUCAAUGGGGAAGAGUUUUGUGAAUGUAAAUUAAGUGUCUCAAUGCAAAUGAACUUUAUCAAUGCAAAUAAACAUUAUCAAUGCAAAAUGUACGAAAUGUAUGUAUUUUAUACCUCAUAAUUUUAGUAAAUCAUUAAAUAUGUUUGUAUUUUUUUAAACUGUUUCUCUAGAACCUUUAUUGUUCUGAAUUUUUCGAUGGAAACUAAAAAUGAAAAAAAGCAAACAAUACAAGAAAGAUUGAUAUGGAAAAGCAGAAGAUGAAAGGAGGGAAUGUGAUGAAACACUUUUUGCACAUUUGUAUUUGGUAUUCAUGUCUUUGUUACUGCUAAAAUAUAACGAAUGAAUAAUGACA